AUGCUUCCGAAAUCGUUUCGCCUUCCUGGCGAGAUCGAGAAACAUAAAUCCAGUACAACUGCCCACAUCGGCGAUCUCACUAAGACCUACCAACGUGCCAAAUACGUCCUCGUGGACAGUUUUGCAGUCAACAACAUCCCAAAGAGUAUGAGUCCCAAGAAGAUUCGCGAAAAUGUCGCAGAGAGACUUGCCCAACUCGGACCCGUCAGAAACCUCUUCACCUUGGAUAUUUGGAAUAACGCCGCCUUCAUUCCUUAUCCCAGGGAAUUAGCCAGUCUGCAAGAUAUCUUGGGUAUACGCGACAGCUGGUCGUUCAAAGAAAGACAUGUCCAGAUCUUGAUACUCGCCGGCAUAUCCAGUCUACACAAGGUUAACCUGCAGAAGAGUUUGUUUUCGGUGAAGGACAUACUGCUUGUACGUCGACAAAACUUGUUGUAUUUCCAGAUUGCCGGCCUCGAAGACUGCACAUGCUUCGAGGGGAUUGAGCCCACGGACGGGCAGGAACUCGAGUCGUUCCGAAACAUACUGCAGCUUGUUGAUGGGCGAAACAAGGCAGAUAGAUCUGAUCUGAUCUCUGCCCUGCUAUCUACACUAUCAAAUUCGCAAGUACUCGGCAGCAAAGAACUGGCGGCGGCAUAUGAGGAAGUGAGGGCGAAAGACGACAAACUGAGGGCGGAGUAUAAGAAAUGGAGGGAGGAUCAUGAGAAACGGAGGGCGGAACAUGAGAAACGGAGGGCGGAACAUGAGAGACUGCCGCCGUACCACAAGGAUAUCGUUCGCAUGGAACUGGAUGUAUAUAUCGAUGCUAUCGAAAUCUACAAUACUGCGGCUUUCCGUAAACAGUGCCCGCAUGGAGAGAUUGAUGACGAAGAGAUUUAUCACGAAGAGAUUGAUGACGGAGAGAGUUAUGGCGAAGAAAUCGAUGUGGAAGUGACUUAUCACGAAGCGAUUGAUGGCGAAGAGAUAGAUGACGGAGAGAGUUAUGGCGAAGAAAUUGAUGUCGGAGAGACUUACGACGAAGAAAUCGAUGUCGAAGAGACUUAUCACGAAGCGAUUGAUGGCGAAGAGAUUGAUGACGGAGAGAGUUAUGGCGAAGAAAUCGAUGGCGGAGAGACUUAUCACCAAGAAAUUGAUGUCGGAGAGACUUAUCACGAAGCGAUUGAUGGCGAAGAGACUUAUCACGAAGCGAUUGAUGGCGAAGAAAUUGAUGUCGGAGAGACUUAUGGCGAAGAAAUUGAUGGCGAAGAGAUUGAUGACGGAGAGAGUUAUGGCGAAGAAAUUGAUGACGGAGAGAGUUAUGGCGAAGAAAUCGAUGUCGAAGAGACUUAUCACGAAGCGAUUGAUGGCGAAGAGAUUGAUGUCGAAGAGAUUGACGUCGAAGAGAUUGAUGUCGUAGUAGCGACACGUAGGCAUCUUUGCCUCUAG